UGUGCCCAAACUCUCCAUCUGGUGAGGGGACAGAGUGGUGAGGAAACCAGCAAUGGUGCUGGAGGCAAUAGAUUUGUGUGCAGGGGACAGAAGACCCCAGCAAAGGAAAUGCUUCUAUCUGGUUGAGGAGGUUGGUUAGGAAAUUUCUAAGACAGGGGGUUAUGUCUGAGCUGGGAUUUAAAGGAUGAGCAGUGGAUGUAGAGAGAAAACAAGGGAAUUUCUAGGCAGAGGAAACUGCAUGGGUAAAGAUCUGUCGAUCUAGAUUGUCAAAAGAAUUUCAAGUAUUUUAACAUGUGGGCAGGUAUGGAGACAAGUGCAUUUUAGAGGAGAUUAAUAGCCUGUGGUUUUAUGUGAGUUUCUGUAAUGCUUGGGAUUACUGAUAACCCUGACUGAGUUGUUAUUGAAUUCCCAUAGAAUAUGAACUCAAGGGAGGACUAACUGGAGUGUCCAUGAUGUUUUGCCAGCGCUCAAGGCAGGAGGGGCUCCUGCAGGUGGAACACAGGGGGCUCUUCCAUUGGCUGCAGCUCCAGCCCCACCUCCUUUCCCAGCACUUAAACCUCCAGCCCCAAUGACUCUCUAGUGGGCAGCAAGGGGACCUCCACACUCUCAGAGCAGCACACACAGCUGAAGGGACACUCAGAGGAGGGAACCCCAGAGGACGGUGGCCAUGGACCUGAUUCCAAGUUUUUCUGUGGAAACUUGGCUUCUCCUGGUUACCAGCCUGGUGCUCCUCUAUCUAUAUGGGACUUAUUCACAUGGAUUUUUUAAGAAGCUGGGGAUUCCUGGGCCGACACCUGUGCCUUAUUUUGGAAAUAUUCUGGCCUACCGUAAGGGGAUUUGGGAUUUUGACAAUAAAUGUUUCCAAAAGUAUGGAAAAAUAUGGGGGUUUUUUGAUGGUCGGCAGCCCGUGUUGGCUAUCACCGAUCCAGACAUGAUCAAAACAGUCCUGGUGAAAGAAUGUUACUCGGUCUUCACAAACCGGCGGACUUUUGGGCCAGUGGGAGUCAUGAAAAAUGCCAUUUCUCUGGCUGAGGAUGUGCAAUGGAAGAAGAUACGAACACUGCUGUGUCCAGCCUUCACCAGUGGAAAGCUCAAGGAAAUAUUCCCCAUCAUUGACCAAUUUGGAGAUGUCUUGGUGAAGAACAUGAGGAGGGAAGCAGAGAAAGGCAAGCCUGUCACCAUGAAAGACAUUGUUGGGGGCUUCAGCAUGGACGUGAUCACUAGUACAGCUUUUGGAGUGAAGAUUGAUUCCCUCAACAACCCGCAAGACCCCUUUGUGUAUUAUACCAAGAGGCUCUUAAAAUUUGAUUUCCUCGACCCACUCCUUGUCAUUUCCACACUCUUUCCAUUCCUUCGUCCAAUCUUUGAAUUGUUAAGUUUCUCUGUGUUUCCAAAAACUGCUGUAAAUUUUUUCACAAAAUCUGUGAAAAAGAUGAAAGAAAGUCGUCUCAAAGAUGAAGAUGUGCGUCGACUGGACCUUCUUCAGCUGAUGAUUAACUCCCAGAAUUACAAAGAAAUGGACGCCCGUAAAGCUCUGUCUGACCCAGAAAUGGUGGCCCAAGGUAUUAUCUUUAUUUUUGCUGGCUAUGAGCCCACUACCGAUUCUCUUUCCUUCCUUUUCUAUAAACUGGCCACUCACCCUGAUGUCCAGCGGAAGCUGCAGGAGGAGAUUGAUGCGACUUUUCCCAAUAAGGCACCUCCCACAUAUGAGUCCCUGGAACAGAUGGAGUAUCUUGACAUGGUGCUGAAUGAAUCUCUCAGAUUGUUCCCACUUACGGCUAGACUGGAGAGGGUCUGCAAGAAGGAUGUGGAAAUCCAUGGCGUGUUCAUUCCCCAAGGGACCGUGGUGAUGGUGCCGAUCUACACGAUUCAUCAAGACCCAGGGCACUGGCCAGAGCCUGAGGAGUUCCAUCCUGAAAGGUUCAGUAAGAAGAACAGGGACAGCAUAAAUCCUUACACACACAUGCCCUUUGGCACUGGACCCCGCAACUGCAUUGGCAUGAGGUUUGCCCUCAUGAACAUGAAACUUGCUGCUGUCAAAGUCUUACAGAACUUCUCCUUCAAACCUUGCAAAGAAACACAGAUUCCCCUGAAAUUAAGUCCUCAAGUACUUAUGCAACCAGAGAAACCCAUUGUUCUAAUGAUUGAGCCACGAGAUGGGACAUUAAGCGGAGCUUGACUCUCCCUAAGGACUCGGCUUGGUUCCUCAAGGAAGCUGAACCCCGAAGCAUCAGAGACCUUGAUUUCCUUUGUGGUGAAGCCCAGAAAUGAAGAUGGGCUUCACCUACUGCCCCUGAUGGAUGAUUAGAGAUUCUGCACAUUGCUUAGCUUCUCACUGUCUAUGUGGAGUGUUAUAUCCUGUGUCAUACGAAGGAGGUGACUAGUAAGGGCCAGAUAUGUAGGCUCAGCUUCUUGGGUUCUCGUGAGACCAUCUCCAUCCACCCCCAGUUAGUAUCACCUCCUUCUUCUGAGCACUGAUUGAAACAAAAAUAUUCUCAACAGCUUUUAUCAACAAACUUUAAUGAAAAUAAGGGUGAUUGUGUGACAGAUAUGAUGACGUAUCAUGGAUCUUAUUUCAAAUAUUCUAAAUUAAUAUCAUAUUGAUCAAGUCAAUAAACAUCUCUUC